AUGCCGCGCUCUCUGCCAAAGAAAAACAACCCCCUCAUCCUCGAGGAUGCGGCUCCUGUUUGUAAGUCCUACCUUCCCGUCGCGGAGCGCGCGGCUCGGCUAGUCGAACCCCACGAGGAACUGCUGGCGCGCCGCCGACUGGGGAAGACCAAUCUGGUCGUGAAGCAGAACCAGGUUGGCACCUCGAAUGCGACCAAGCCAGAGAACCUUGGACCAUUUGAAUACGCCCAUCUGCGUGCGCCUCUCCCCAAGGACUUGAAGGGAUCUGAAAUUUUCCCGUCACAUACUCCCCAGCAGCAUCCGGAAACUUACUUCCUGAUGCGACGAAGCAAAGAUGGCUAUGUGAGCGCGACUGGGAUGUUUAAAAUCGCUUUCCCUUGGGCAAAAUUGGAGGAAGAGCGAUCGGAGCGUGAAUAUUUGAAGUCGCGCAAUGAGACGAGCGAAGAUGAGAUUGCCGGAAACGUCUGGAUUUCUCCUUUACUAGCACUUGAAUUGGCAAUCGAGUAUAAAAUGUAUGACUGGGUUCGGGCCCUGCUUGACCCUCAAGAUAUUCUCCAGAGCCCCUCUAGCGCGAAGAAGCAGAUUACACCCCCGCCUAAGUUUGAUCUGCCCCCCAUUGAACCUCCUGCUGCCCUUGUCCCUUCGACACGACUGAGAAGGGGCCGCUCUGCGUCGCCUAGCAAGAGGUUGGCUUCUCCCCGCAAAUCUAGGCAAACCAGAGCACAGAAAGAGGCUUCUGCAGCUGCCACGAAUGCAGCAAAUGCUUCCCUUCAGAGCUCCUUGGAUGACACGGCCUCGACGGCAGAUGCCGAACCCAUCAAUGGACAUGUGCUGCCCAGUGUGGAAGAAUCUACCGAGGAGCCAGAACCCACACCCUCCAAGCAACCAAAGUCGAAGAAACACGCGCCCUCCGCCGAAGAAACUGAAGAUACGGUCAAGUUUGAUUUCAAGUCGAGUGCUACUGAGGGUACUGGAACCCAAACCACGCAGACCACCAUUUCCGUCGAGAUGCCGAUUACCCUACCAGAGGCUCCAUCUGCUGCAGAGACUGAAGAGAUGAUUGCCAAGGCGAAGGCGAUGGUUAAGGAGGCCGUCAAGCUUCAGAGCGAAUCUGCAGAAUCGUCAGUAGCUGCCAAGAAGCGCAAGACAGAAGAAGCAGAGCUUAGUGAAGACGAGGAAGAUGAGGAGACUAAGGCUUUGCGCAUUAAGAGGGCCAAGGUCCUUGAGGAGAAGCUGAAGCGUGAGCGAGUGCGAAACCGUGCCCUGGUUGGUGUCACUGCGGCAUUUGCCCUAGCAGCCUCAAUUCCCUAUUUCUUUUAG